AUGUCUUUCCAGAAGCCCGAGAAGGAUUUCGGCGAGGGCCCCAAGGUCCACAAGAUCCGUAUCACCCUUACCUCUCGCAAGGUCGCUGCCCUCGAGAAGGUCUGCGGCGAGCUGAUCGACCGUGCCCGCUCCAAGUCCCUCCAGGUCAAGGGCCCCGUCCGUCUGCCCACCAAGACCCUGCACAUCUCCACCCGCAAGACCCCCAACGGUGAGGGUUCCAAGACCUGGGACAAGUACGAGAUGCGCAUCCACAAGCGUCUCAUCGACCUGCUCGCCCCCACCGAGACCGUCAAGCAGAUCAUCAUCAACAUCGAGGCUGGUGUCGAGGUUGAGGUCACCAUUGCUGCCUAA